AUGGCGUUAGUUCCACAGAGCACGAAAACAGCACUCCAGAAGCAGCUUGAAGUUCUUGCCGAAUUGCUAUCCCCAAUUGACAAGAAUCUCUCCAACACUCUCAAAGAUCUAGGGCGCCGAUUUGAAGGUGAUGCCAGAGCAACUAUCCAAUACUUGAACAAAGCCCUCAAAGAUGUACCUCGCACAGAGGACAAACCAACUCAGAACAGUUCCACCGUCGCUACGCCCAACGAUGCAGUUCGAAAAUACUUUGAACAAUGUAACGGUCUCGAGGAAGACGAAAUAUCACAGCUAAUAGGACUAUUGAAAACAUUUGAGAGAAAAGAGGAUAAAGUCAAGAAACUCACCCUGGCUUAUGAAAAAUACAGAGAAAAUCCGACCGAGUUCUGGACUUCAUUCUCCAAUUUGCAUGCUGGUAAUAGCAUCAAACAGACGGUCAGUGCGAUCGACCAUCAUUCUUCUUCAUCACCGCUGGCUCGCCGACUCCUCUGCAGACGCCUGGCGGCAGAGAUCAACUCAAAAGCUCAAGAACUUGAAACCCAAGGACAUACAUUAAAACGUGGUAUGUCAUAUCGCGAUUUGGCAUUUCAAUUAAGUGUUGGCGGGGACUGGAAGAAACAUAGCUCGAAGCUGCGAGAGGGAGAACGAUGGUUGUGUCUAGAUCCUGGUGUACUAGUUGCUAUCAAGGAACCAAACUGGAGAAGUUGGGCCCGUAUGAGGACAAUCGGCAUCCGUGCUAUUAACAAUUAUCUCAAAAAUGAUCCAUUGACCUCUACUUAUCAGGGCAUUUCGACGCCUAUACAAGCAAUUCAAGAUUGCUUUGGCUCUACCGUACAAAAUUGCAUAACGCCUACGCCUUCUCUGACACUUUCGGAUUCCCAAGGAUCAAGUCAUCUGGUUCCACCCGUGUCCUUGAAUCAUUGUGAGGCUCGGACGAAACGGCGACGUAUUUGCCAAGCUUCAGAUGGGGAUUCACGCGAUGGCCACCAGAUGCGCGGGUGCCAACCUCGCAUAGAAGAUGAACCCCCAGGGGAUAGGGAAGAAGGUACCGAGUCGGUCGAAAUGCAUUUGUUGGGACUCGUGGAGGGCACUACUGGCAAUAUACCUUCCCAGCAGGGGGGUCCCCUUGAUUUCUCGUGUGGCAUAGAAGGUGCUCCGCAAGUAUCUCAUCCAACACACCGGAUCGUCGACAACAGUCUCCUACCGCAAACAGUGGAGCAAACAGCGAUACACGAGAGAGACACAGCUCAGAGUUUCCUUACACCAGAAGCAGAUCAGGGAUCAGUGCGUAGUGGAAGGGCAAUCCCGUCACUUAAUUCGCAAGAUCUCUCUGGCGGAGAUCUUACGAGUCGGCACCCGUUUCCCAAUUCUGACCCGUGCUGGAAUUUCCCAAACUUUGACUCCGGCUGGACACAAUAUACCUGGCUAUCCCCUUUUUCCAACUCAGAUCCGAACUUCUUCUAUAGUUAUUAA